AUGAAUUUUGUGGAAAAUCGUGAACCAGUAGUCCCCGGACCAUCUCAUACCGGCAACCAAUAUCCAAACAUGGAUUUUGCAAUGGAAAAUCGUGAACCAGUAGUCCCCGGACCAUCUUAUACCGGCAACCAAUAUCCAAACAUGGAUUUUGUAAUGGGAAAUCGUGAACCAGUAGUCCCCGGACCAUCUUAUACCGGCAACCAAUAUCCAAACAUGGAUUUUGCAAUGGGAAAUCGUGAACCAGUAGUCCCCAGACCAUCUUAUACCGGCAACCAAUAUCCAAACAUGGAUUUUGUAAUGGGAAAUCGUGAACCAGUAGUCCCUGGACCAUCUUAUACCGGCAACCAAUAUCCAAACAUGGAUUUUGUAAUGGGAAAUCGUGAACCAGUAGUCCCUGGACUAUUUUAUACCGGCAACCGAUAUCCAUACAUAAAUUUUGUAAUGGAAAAUCGUGAACCAGUAGUCCCUGGACCAUCUUAUACCGGCAACCGAUAUCGAAACAUAAAUUUUGUAAUGGAAAAUCGUGGAUCAGUAGUCCCCGGACCAUCUCAUACCGGCAACCAAUAUCCAAACAUGGGUUUUGUAAUGGGAAAUCGUGAACCAGUAGUCCCUGGACCAUCUUAUACCGGCAACCAAUAUCCAAACAUGGAGCUUGUAAUGAAAAAUUCUCGUACUGCAGUCCAAAAAAAUGACAAGCACAUGGACGUACAUUUCUCAUCAAAGGAUACACAAGAUACAAACACACCGAUUCCGGAAGAAGCUCGACAGCAUCAAACCGAAGAACAGCUCAUGAAUUUUUGGAUAAAAAAUGAUAAUGACUUUGACGCUGAAGAAAAAAAAGUGGAUGCAAUGUACGAGAAAGCACUCGUUGCGAUGCUCCUAAAAGAGCAUGAUGAGAGCUCAUGGUAUAAUCUCGACAAAAAACUAUUAGAUCUUGAGGUAGCAGCAUAUUAUCAAAUGCUGAAACUUUUACAUCCAAUUCAACCAACAAGCGAUCAACCAACAAGCAAUCUACCUAGGAAACGGACUAGGAAGAAGCCAUCAUCUGACCACAGUAAUAGGGAUCCAAACAGCCAGCCUAGCAAGUCGUAA